AUGUGUCCAAUAAGUAAAAUUAAUUUGGCAAUGCAUUGCAUGUACGCUAUCUUGUCAUGUAGAUCUGCAUACUUUACUACGCUCGUUUGGCAAUGGCGAACCGCGUUGUGUGUUUGUCUGUCGGUGAUUCCGUGGUCGUUUGUGUACGCAACAAAGCGUCGGUUCACUCAAUGA